GGUUCAGAUUCGAUCGUGCCACUGGAUAGAGCCCUCUGCUCCUUGCUCAGCUCCCUCGUCGUCUUCUCCGGCGAGCUCCCAUGGUAUCGCUCGCUGCCCCGGCCUUCCACUCGCUGGCCUCGCAAGCCUCCAGGGCCUGCACCACGAGGGCGUCUUCGCAAUGCGAGAGCGCGCCCGGCCGCCGUGGAGCGAAGGCGCGGCCUCGGGCGGCGGGGACUGCGCAGGCGGCGGCGGUGGAGGCGGAGGAGACGCCGAGGUUCAGGUGGGAUGCGCUCGGGUCCGACCUGUCCGAGCCCCAGGAGCAGGCGAUGCGCGGCCUGUCCCCCAAGCUGCCCAACCGAUGCAGGGCGCUGAUGCCGCGCGUCGUGUCGCUGUCCCCCGGCGAUGAGAAUCUCGGCGUGGUCCUUGCGUUCUGGGUGAAGGCCAUGAAGCCCAAGAGGGCGGACUGGUUGCUGGUCCUCAAGGAGCUCAAGGCUAUGGAGAGCCCGCUUCUCGCUGAGGUACUAGAAUAUGCACUGCUGGAGGAUUCUUUCGAAGCGAAUGUGCGCGACUACACCAAGUUGAUGCAAAUCUACGGCAAGCAAAAUCUGUUGCGGGAAGCCGAGGAAGCAUUCCAGGCCAUGAAAGCCAGAGGCCUCCCAUGUGAUCAGGUCAUGCUGACUGCACUGGUGGACAUGUACAGCAAGGCCGGGGAUCUCACCCGCGCAAAUGAAACAUUCGAAGAGAUCGUGUUGCUGGGCCUACCGCUCGAUAAGCGCGCGUACGGUUCGAUGAUCAUGGCCUACAUCAGAGCAGACAUGCUAGACCAAGCAGAAGAUCUGAUCAAACAGACGGAGGAUCAGCAGGUCUUCGCAGGAAAAGAGGUCUACAAGGCUCUGCUUAGAGCAUACUCGUACAAAGGCGAUUCAGAGGGGGCGCAGCGGGUUUUCGACGCGGUACAGUUCGCGGGGACGGUGCCGGACACAAAGCUGUGCGCGCUCCUGGUGAACGCGUACUGCCUCUCCAAUAGGAUCGACGAGGCUGUCUGUGUGACCCGAAACAUGAGGAGUGUGGGACUGGAACCGUGCGACAGGUGUGUCACCUUGAUACUCGGCGCGUACGACAAGGCCAACAAGCUGGAAGGAGCAUUGGAGUUUCUGGCGGAGCUUGAAGAGAAUGGUGUCGUGAUCGGUCAAGAGCCGUCGCAGUUGCUUGCGGCAUGGUUCGGGAGGCUCGGGGUGGUUCAUGAAGUGGAGCAGGUCCUGGAGGAAGUGAGUAAGAGUAGCAAGAGCAAGCAGAGUGUUUCACUCCUGAAGGAAGGGACGAAGAGUUGGAAGAGCAAAGACAGGGUCAAGAAGGAAUGGAGAAAAGGCAAAAAGAGCAAACACAGCAUUUCAGUACACCAGCAACCCAGCAUUUCAGUCCAGACGAAAGGGGCAACCAACAGGAAGAGCAAAUCACUCGGUCCAUUACCUCUGCAACUGAAGUGAUUUUGUAACUCCAGUGCCAUUUGCGUUCAUAUUAUGACAAUAUGUUUUCAGAAAUCACAUGCACAAUCAUGAGGAACCCCUAAUCACAAGAGGCAGGAUGCCAGGAUCUAUGUGAGUAAGUGUAUGUAGCUGAAACUCUAGUGCAGAAGAGAAAUAAGAUUCCACAAAACCAGGCAACAGUAAUGCCAACGUAACAUCUCUCUGGAAAAAAAUGUCAACUUAACAUUAAUACAUCUUGUUCAUGAUAUGAAAAGCAGGGCUCCUCAAUUCAUGCUCUUCUAGAUUAUAGACCUCAAAAUGUGUCCCAGUGCAGAGAGAAACAACUUCGAAAUAAGAUUCUUGGGGCUCCUCUUGUUCGCCGUCGUCAUUGGCUGCCAUCUCUU